UUUUGACACCACACCACGUCAUAAUGUGCACGGGACCCCCUACCUAGGGCCCUCAGCUCCCACCACAAAGCUCCUUGAAGGCUGUAGUGGUUAGGAUGUCGCGCUUGUGCAAGAGUCCUCAACGGCUGGAGAAGGACUUCAUCUUGGAUGGUGUGGCAGUGAGCACCAUGGCCCGCACCUAUGAGCGCCUGAGGCCCAAGGUCUGGUCGGCGAUUCCGCCCUACAAUGCCCAGCAGGACUACCACGCCCGCCGGUACUUCCGGAGCCACGUGGUUCCGCCCGUUCUGCGGAGGACUGAACAGGAUCACGGGGGCACAGGAAGGGAUGGCUGGAUAGUGGAUUAUUUCCACAUCUUCGGGCCAGAACAGAGAUACCUGAACCGAAGAAACUGGGCAGGGGCAGGGCAUUCCCUCCCGCAGGUGACCGGGCACGGUAACUACAAUGCUGAUCUGAAAGUGACCAACGGGUUAAACGGUCGGUUUGGGUAUCGCAGGAACACCCCAGCCCUCCGCCAGCGCCCGUCCGUCUUUGGAGAGGUCACCCGAUUCCCCCUCUUCUGAUAGCAUUCCUUCCCUUCCCACCCCUUGACCUAAAUAGAAGAUAGAUGUUUAGAUGAUCUCUCAGUUCUAUUUUUAUAUAAACAGCGAUGUUAUUGUGCCUCCAA